GCUGCCCCGGGCCUUCAGCGAUCAUACAGACCUAGAGCCAAGAGAGGCUGUUCAACUUGCAAGUAAGUCGGCCGACAUUCCUCGAUCACCUGUUAUUUCCCAUUCACCGUCAUUUGUUGGGACUGGUUGUAAUGACUGUUGUUCUGGAUCUGACCGAGCGUCGCAUAGAAGUAAGAUAGAUCAGGUGUUGUAGCCCGUGGGAUUCCACAUACUAAUCUGGACUACGUAGAGCGACGCAUCAAAUGUGACGAAGCCAGGCCCCAUUGUUUGAAGUGCACAUCAACGGGUCGCAAAUGCGACGGGUAUGAGACGCCAAGUCCCCCGCCUCCCCAGCGGAACACUUGUCUCCGCCUGCCCUAUGUCUACUCCCAGACCCUGCAGUACUCGGGCAACACCCGGGAAACCAGAUCGUUCCAGUUCUUCUAUGAACGUACCGUCCCUUCGUUGGCGGGGCUUUGUGGGUCCGAGUUUUGGUCAGGACUUGUGUUGCGGGUCAGCCAGCAUGAGACCGCCGUCUACCAUGCGUUGAUCGCAUUAGGAUCCUUACACGAAAAC